GGCAGGGCAGGGAAGGGAAGGGAGGCGUGGGGCCGCCAUGGCGCAGCAGAGGGUGCUGCCACAGAGCAAGGAGACCCUGCUGCAGUCCUACAACAAGCGCCUCAAGGAUGAUGUCAAGUCCAUCAUGGACAACUUCACUGAAAUCAUCAAAACGGCCAAGAUUGAGGAUGAAACUCAAGUGUCUCGAGCAACUCAGGGUGAACAAGAUAACUAUGAGAUGCAUGUCAGAGCCGCAAACAUUGUCCGAGCUGGUGAGUCCCUGAUGAAGCUUGUGUCUGACCUGAAGCAGUUCUUGAUCCUCAAUGAUUUCCCUUCUGUGAAUGAAGCUAUCAACCAGCGCAACCAGCAGCUGAGAAGCUUGCAGGAGGAAUGUGACAAGAAGUUGAUUGCACUACGGGAUGAGAUCUCCAUUGACCUGUAUGAGCUAGAAGAAGAAUAUUACUCUUCCAGCUACAGUCUGUGUGACAGCAAUGAUCUUCCACUGUGCGAAGCCUACUGGAGACAAGACUUUGCCACGUUGUCCCCCGAAAGCCUCUCCAUGCCUCUGACAGCUGCCACAGCAGAGCAGAGUGUUGCUACCUCCCAGAGUUCAACCCCAUCGCACCCUCACGUGAACGGGCAUGGGGCAGGCCCCACAGAGCACUCCUGAAGAGGAUCCACUGCUGCUGAUGGUGUUCCUCCUGGCAGCACUGCACUGCUGGAAGUCUUCCACCUGCUGUACUGCGCAUCUCCUGCUGUCAGGAGAAGGCACUGGAGCUGUGUUUGCAGGUUUCUGCUGGCUGGAUAGCCACAGGGCUUUCUCCACCCCUGGGACAUUGCCAUGAGUGUUCCUCUCCCUGAAGAGAUAGUGAUAAGUAAAUACCAAGUUGAUUGUUCUAACAAGUUAAGAGUUAGGUUUGCUUUUACGUGAUAGUUUAUGUGUAGAGUUCAUUAGAAAUCCAGUCUGUUGCCAUAUCUCAGUAAGUACACGCCGGAGUGUCGGGAGUUGAAUUUGCUUGGGAUAAACUUGAGCCAAAUGUGGGGGCAGUACAUGUUGUGGGGGUUUUAGCCUGCUUACUGACAUUCUGGCUGCAUUAAAGCACUCUCAGGAUGGCAGCCGACAACCUCCAUUCUACUUUAGAGUAAGAAUCUUGUAGGCAGUCUUCACUGUCAAAGUGCUUCACGAACUUGAACUUCUUGCUCGCAGGCGCUGGGGAGGAGGCUCAGGAGAUUAUUAUUGAAGAGCAGUGUACUCCCUUUUGAGGAGGACGGGGCAGACUGAGCAAUCAGACUGAGGUAUUGAUGUUCCCAUUUGCUUGAGGCCACAGAUAGAAGCUCCAACAUGCUUUCAUUAGUCUGAUUCAUUUUUCAGUUAACAGAAGUUGUUAACAUAGUCUGAGCUAACAUGAACCCAGUGUUAAUGCUGGCUAAUGGUUUUGUCUAAUAAAAAAUCUUGAGAUGACUGGGGUGUAUGGAGCAGUGAGGGAUACUCGGGUACUCUUAGUUUCCUUCCAAAGAAACAUGUUCGGUGCUUGUUCUGCAGCUGUUUGGCACUGGGCACAUCUGCCCUUCCCCUUUGUGGUUGUUGGUCACCCAGAGCCGUGCAGCUGAACUGGAGCACGGGUGGGCACGGCGGAGCUACGGGUGCAUUCCAGCCGCGUAGCUGAGCUUCCCAGCAUUCUGCUGUAACAUUGGUUUCCCAGGAUGUGAAUUUUGGUGUAAUUUGUUUUCUUUUAAUUUUCUUCCAUUCCGUUUAUUUUUGUAAUUAGGUGAUUUAAUAAAACUAACUCUUUUGUAUAA